AUUCCUUUUCCCCCCCAGCCUAGGGCUGGGACUGAACAGACGGACUGGGGAGCUCUCGAUUGUGUCUGGAGGCCCAGAGAGCCCCGGACCCAGGAGGCCCAAGGAGCUGAAGGUGACCCUCAGGCAGCAAGACCCCAGCGGAAGGCCGGGAGCCCCACAGAUAGCUGUGUGGCAUCUGGGGCCGGGCUCCUGUUAGGAGGGAAUACCUGCGCCCAGGCAGCGGCUCAGAGGCAGCUGCUUCAUGCAGAACUGAAGUUGGUUCUGCAGCGGAAGGGGGAAAGGAAGCAGGAGCCCGGGGCUCACGUGUCUCCCAGCAGUGCCAUGGAGGCCAGGAGCCGGAGUGCCGAGGAACUGAGGCGAGCGGAGUUGGUGGAGAUUAUAGUGGAGACGGAGGCGCAGACCGGGGUCAGCGGCAUCAACGUAGCCGGCGGCGGUAAAGAAGGAAUCUUCGUCCGCGAGCUGCGCGAGGACUCACCUGCCGCCAGGAGCCUCAGUCUACAGGAAGGGGACCAGCUCCUGAGUGCCCGCGUGUUCUUUGAGAACUUCAAGUACGAGGACGCACUACGCCUGCUGCAAUGCGCCGAACCUUACAAGGUCUCCUUCUGCCUGAAGCGCACUGUGCCCACCGGAGACCUGGCGCUGCGGCCCGGGACCGUGGCUGGCUACGAGAUCAAGGGGCCGCGGGCCAAGGUGGCCAAGCUGAACAUCCAGAGUCUGUCCCCUGUGAAGAAGAAGAAGAUGUUGGUGGUGCCCGGGGCCCUGGGGGCCCCUGCAGACCUGGCCCCCGUUGACGUCGAGUUCUCCUUUCCCAAGUUCUCCCGUCUGCGUCGGGGCCUCAAAGCUGAGGCUGUCAAAGGUCCUGUCCCAGCUGCCCCUGCCCGCCGGCGCCUCCAGCUGCCUCGGCUGCGUGUAAGAGAAGUGGCCGAAGAGGCCCAGGUAGCCCGGCUGGCUGCUGCUGCUCCUCCCCCCAGGAAGGCCAAGGCAGAGGCAGAGGUGGCAGCAGGAGCCCGUUUCCCAGCCCCUCAGGUGGAGCUGGUUGGGCCCUGGCUGCCAGGUGCUGAGGGUGUCCCUCAGGUCUCAGCUCCCAAGGUGGCCCCCUCAGCAGAGGCUCCCAGUGGCUUGGGCCUCCACCUGCCAACCCUUGGGCUGGGAGCCCCUGCUGCACCUGCUGUGGAGCCUCCAGCUGUAGGGAUCCAGGUCCCCCAAGUGGAGCUUCCCACCUUGCCCUCACUACCCACUCUCCCCACACUUCCUUGCCUGGAGACCCGGGAAGGGGCUGUGGCGGUGACAGUACCCACCCUGGAAGUAGCAGCACCUACUGUGGAGGUGGACCUGGCCUUGCCAGGCAAAGAGGCAGAGGCCCGGGGAGAGGUGCCUGAGGUGGCCUUGAAGAUGCCCCGCCUCAGUUUCCCCCGCUUUGGGACCCGAGGGAAAGAAGUCACUGAGGCCAAGGUAACCAAGGUCAGUCCAGAGGCCAGGGUGAAGGGUCCUAGACUUCGAAUGCCCACCUUUGGCCUUUCUCUCCUGGAGCCCCGGCCCUCGGCCCCUGAGGCUGUUGCUGAGAGCAAGUUGAAGCUGCCCACCAUCAAAAUGCCCUCCUUUGGUAUUGGAGUUGCGGGGCCUGAGGUCAAGGUGCCCAAAGGGCCUGAAGUGAAGCUCCCUAAGGCCCCUGAGAUCAAGCUCCCCAAAGUGCCUGAGGCAGUCCUCCCAGAUGUGCGACUCCCAGAGGUUCAGCUCCCCAAAGUGUCAGAGAUGAAGCUUCCAAAAGUGCCUGAGAUGGCUGUGCCCGAGGUUCAACUCCCAGAGGUGCAGUUGCCCAAAGUCCCAGAGAUGAAAGUCCCUGAGAUGAAGCUCCCGAAGGUACCCGAGAUGGCUGUGCCCGAUGUGCACCUCCCAGAAGUGCAACUCCCGAAGGUUCCAGAGAUGAAACUCCCUGAGAUGAAGCUCCCGAAGGUGCCCGAGAUGGCUGUGCCCGAUGUGCACCUGCCAGAAGUGCAGCUCCCGAAGGUUCCAGAGAUGAAACUCCCGAAGGUGUCUGAGAUGAAGCUCCCUGAGAUAAAACUCCCGAAGGUGCCUGAGAUGGCUGUGCCCGAGGUUCGACUUCCGGAGCUGCAGCUGCCCAAAGUGUCAGAGAUGAAGCUCCCGAAGAUACCCGAGAUGGCUGUGCCCGAUGUGCACCUCCCAGAAGUGCAGCUCCCGAAGGUUCCAGAGAUGAAACUCCCCAAGGUCCCUGAGAUGGCCGUGCCCGAGAUUCGACUUCCCGAGGUGCAGCUGCCCAAAGUGUCAGAGAUGAAGCUCCCCAAGGUCCCCGAGAUGGCCGUGCCCGAGGUUCGACUCCCAGAGGUGCAGCUGCCCAAAGUGUCAGAGAUGAAGCUCCCCAAGGUCCCCGAGAUGGCCGUGCCCGAGGUUCGGCUUCCCGAGGUGCAGCUGCCCAAAGUGUCGGAGAUGAAACUCCCCAAAGUCCCCGAGAUGGCUGUGCCUGAAGUGCAGCUCCCAGAGGUGCAGCUGCCCAAAGUGUCAGAGAUUCGGCUGCCAGAAAUGCAGGUGCCAGCGGCACCAGAUGUGCAGCUGGCAGCUCCCAAGGCACCGGAGGUGAAGCUAAAAGCUGCUGGGGCGGAGCAGGCAGAGGGGAUGGAGUUUGGCUUCAAGAUGCCCAAGAUGACCAUGCCCAAGUUGGGGAGGGUAGGGCCUCCGUCCCAAGGCAAACCUGGUGAGGUAGGUGCGGAGGUCUCAGGAAAGCUAGUGACACUUCCCUGUCUGCAGCCGGAGGUGGGUGGUGAGGCUCGUGUGGGUGUCCCCUCUCUCACUCUGCCCUCUGUAGAACUAGACCUACCGGGGGCCCUCGGCCUGGAGGGACAGGUUCAGGAGGCCAAAGUGGGCAAGGUGGAGCAGCCAGAGGGUCCCCAGGUGGCAGUUGGUGCUGGGGAAGUGGGCUUCCGAGUGCCCUCUGUUGAGAUUGUCACUCCUCAGCUGCCCACAGUGGAGGUUGAGGAAGGGCGGCUGGAGAUGACGGAGAUGAAGGCCAAGCCCUCCUCCAAGUUCUCCCUGCCCAAGUUUGGACUCUCAGGACCAAAGGUGGCCAAGGCAGAGGCCGAGGGGGCUGGACGAGCCACCAAGCUGAAGGUGUCCAAGUUUGCUAUCUCACUCCCCAAGGCUCGGAUGGGGACUGAAGCUGAGGCCAAAGAGGCAGGAGAUGGAGGCCUGUUGCCUGCCCUCGAUCUGUCUAUUCCACAGCUCAGCCUGGAUGCCCACCUGCCCUCGGGCAAGGUGGAGGUGGCAGGGGCCGAUGUCAAGUUCAAGGGGCCCAGGUUUGCUCUGCCCAAGUUUGGGGUCAAAGGCCGGGACGCUGAGCCAGGAGAACUAGUGCCAGGGACAGCUGAGUUGGAGGGCAAGGGCUGGGGCUGGGAUGGGAAGGUCAAAAUGCCCAAGCUGAAGAUGCCCUCUUUUGGGCUGGUCAGAGGGAAGGAAGCGGAAGUCCAGGGUGGACGCAUCAGCCCUGGGGAAAAGCCAGAGUCCAUAGCUGGGCAGCUUAGGAUCCCUGAGGUGGAGUUGGUCACCCUGGGGACUCAGGAGGAAGCAGGGGCAGAGGGAGCAGUGGCCGUUAGUGGAGUGAGGCCAUCAGGCCUGCAGGUAUCCACGACUGGGCAGGUGACCACUGAGGGCCAUGAGGGGGUGCUGAGGAUGCCCCCACUGGGCAUCACACUGCCCCAGGUAGAACUAACCGGCUUUGGGGAGGCGGGCACCCCAGGGCAGCAGGCCAAGAGCAUGUCCCCUCCAGUAGAGGGCACAGCAGGCUACAAAGUCCAGGUGCCUCAGGUGAGCCUGUCCCUGCCUGGAAGCCAAGUGGCAGGUGGUGAGCUGUUGGUGGGUGAAGGCAUCUUCAAGAUGCCCACCGUGACCGUGCCCCAGCUGGAGCUGGACGUGGGGCUGAGCCGGGAGGCCCAGGUGGAUGAGGUGGCCACAAGCGAGGAGGGGCUGAGGCUGAAGCUGCCCACGCUGGGGGCAGGAGCCAGGGGAGAGGGGACUGAGGGCCAGCCCCCGGGGGCCGAGCACACCUUCCGCCUCUCGCUGCCAGACGUGGAGCUCUCGCCACCGCAGGUGGCAGGGGGUGAAGGAGAAGCCGCACAGAAACUCAAGGUGCGGCUGCCCCGGUUUGGCCUGGUGCGGGCCAAGGAGGGGGUGGAGGAGGGUGAGAAGGUCAAGAGCCCGAAGCUCAGGCUACCCCUGGUGGGCUUCAGCCCAAACGAGUCUGCCCCUGGAGAAGGUUCCCCCAGCCCUGAGGAGGAAGAAGAAGAGGGCAGCGGGGAAGGGGCCUCGGGUCGCCGGGGCCGGGUCAGGGUCCGCUUGCCCCGUGUGGGCCUAGCAGCCCCUUCUAAGGCCUCUAAGGGACAGGAGGGUGAUGCAGCCUCCAAGUCCCCCGUAGGGGAGAAGUCACCCAAGUUCCGCUUCCCCAGGGUGUCUCUAAGCCCUAAGACCCGGAGUGGAAGUGGGGACCAGGAAGAGGGUGGCUUCAGGGUCCGGCUGCCCAGUGUGGGGUUUUCUGAGACAGGGGCUCCAGGCCCCACCAGGAUGGAGGGGGCCCAGGCGGCUGCUGUCUGAAGCCCUGGGCAGAGGGAGACAUCCCCUCCCCUCGUUUUGUGUGUGAGUUAACUAGCACUAACCCUCAGAGGGCCAGGAGGUGGGCGACUGACCAGGGCAGGGUGGAGGCCUGUCCUCUCAUCCGCAGGAGUGCCUGUAUCAUUCCAAGCCAUGUGAAUAAAAUAAUCCAGAGGUA